UCACGCCAAUCCACUCUCGGCACUGCCAUCAUCAUUCACACAGCGAUCAUCCAGCCAGCGGCACUUAUCACCGACAUCAUGAAGCUGUUGCUGUUGGCAGCCCUGGUGGGCGUGGCUGCGGCCGGUCGCCUGGACAACUCGUACCUGCCCCCUGCUGGUGCACCGCUGGCUGGUGGAGCCCCUGGAGCCAUUGCAGCGCCCUUCGGUGGACCUGGAGCAGGAGGAGUUUUCGGAGCUAGAAGGCCCGGAGCCGGCGGUCUGGGAGGAGCUGGGCUCGGUGGUGCCGGUUUGGGAGGCGCUGGCCUUGGUGCUGGAGGUGCUGGCCUCGGUGGUCUCGGAGGUGCCGGACGAGGCGGACUCGGAGGCGCCGGUCUCGGGGGCGCUGGAUUAGGUGGAGCUGGUCUCGGAGGUGCCGGUCUCGGUGGUUUUGGAGGUGCUGGACGAGGCGGUCUUGGAGGCGCUGGUCUUGGAGCAGGAGGCGCUGGUCUGGGAGGUCUCGGAGGUGCAGGACGAGGUGGUCUUGGAGGCGCCGGUCUUGGAGCAGGAGGCGCUGGUCUGGGUGGUCUCGGAGGUGCAGGACGAGGCGCCGGAGGUCUCGGCGGGCUAGGAGGCGCUGGUCUCGGUGCAGGCCGAGGUGGUCUUGGAGGCGCUGGUCUCGGUGGUGCUGGAGCUGGUGUUGCCAGGGGACCUGUCAUUCCCAUUCUCAGAUACGAAAAUGUCAACAAUGGUGAUGGUUCCUACGCCUUCAGCUACGAGACCGCCAACGGCAUCGCCCAGGACGAGCAGGGCUACCUGAAGAAUGCCGGCAUUCCCGACGCUGAGGCCGAGACUGUGCAGGGCCGCUAUACGUACACUGGAGACGACGGCGCGCAGUACACCGUCACCUACACCGCCGACGAGAACGGCUUCCAGCCACAGGGUGCCCAUCUGCCCACUCCACCCCCAAUCCCUGAGGAGAUCCUGCGCUCCCUGGAGCAAAACGCUGCUGAGGAGGCCGCUGCUGCCCGUGGUGGAGGAAUUGCAGGUGGUGCAUACGCUGGUACUCCUGGAGCAGGUGCAUACGCAGGUGCUCCUGGAGCAGGUGCAUACGCUGGUGCUCCUGGAGCAGGUGGUUCCUUUGGUGGCGCUCCUGGAGCUGGUGUCGGUGGUGCCUUUGGAGGUCGCCCUGGAGCUGGAGUUGGUGGUGCCUUCGGUGGCGCUCCUGGAGCUUUCGGUGGUGCACCUGGAGCUGGUGGUGCGUUUGGUGGCAGGGCACCUGGAGCCUUUGGGCGCCCCGGUGCCGGCGCUGGAGCGUUUGGCGGCAGACCUGGAGCGCUGCCCAGCUACUCGCCGUCCAGCGGCUACUCGUACCCCACUCCAGGAAAGUAGGCGCGCGGAAGCCUCCAGCUGGACUGGACGGCCAGCGCGCUCACCAGCUGGAAGUGGCCAGUGGCCCAGCCCACUGCCCACCUUGCUGACCAUUAUCUUCACCUCUCCUCACCACUUUCAUACGUGACGCUGGAGAAAGGAAUGCGGAUCUCUACUGUUGCCGCGUCCCUGACGAAUAUUCAAAUAUACCAGACGACUUAACUGUUGUCCUUAGCCGAACAUAAAGACAACUCGACAGAUCGACUCACACCUUCGCUGUUUCUCCUUUUCUGCAUUUCCUUCGCUUACAAAUAUCACUUCACUAUGGAAUACGCUGGAAAACUUAACACUGAGGUUUUCCUGGUAUUCCACUCGACAAUGGCAGCAGAUUUAUGCAAUGGACUACUUCUACGAUUGUCUAUAAGAACGUUACGUGACGAAAGUCCUAUUUGUAAAUAUCUUUCAGUACUACCUUCUUUGCUUCCUCCGCUGUCAUAAUGAAACAAUGUUUUCGCAGCAAUACUUAUGACGACAAUGGCAUCGUGAACGACAAACAAGACGGGAAGUAGCCCGCCUUCUCUACUUCUGAAAGACUAUUUAUUUUUAAUGCAAAAGUAAAAAACUAUGUAAAAAAAGUUAUUUUGUAAUAAAUGUUGUUUAAGUAAA